ACGCAGGACAAGAGAUACCAAGGUCGAACAGAGCUCUUCCACUCUGAGCUUAGAAAAGGGAACAUGUCCUUGAAUUUGAAAAAUAGCCAGCUCUCUGACCAGGGACAAUACACUUGCAUGAUCAGCCUUGGAGACUGGUAUGACCUGGCAGUCAUUCAACUGAAUAUGAUAGCAAAAGGAGAAGAGCCCUCCAUUUCCUUGGAGCAUUAUGAGGGCAAUGGUAUUGGCCUCACUUGCAGCUCUAAGGGUUGGUAUCCAAAAUCUCAGACUGUCUGGCUGGACAGCAAAGGGAAAAAUCGAACUGAGAAAUCCGAUACCACAACCACAGAGACCCCAGCUGGGACCUUUAGCACUUCCAGUUAUAUUAUAGUAGAGCCAGGAGUUGACAGUGAGAUCUCUUGCAAAAUCAUCAUCAGUGCCUUGCAGCUGGAGAGUGAAUCCAGGAUCCUGAUCUCAGAUGUCUUUUAUCCUACUACCUCGCCUUGGCUUCUUCCCUUUAUAGUAAUUUUAUUGCUUUUCCUGGGCAUUAAUCUUUUUGCAGUGCAUAAACUGAGAGAGAGUAAUCAGACUGUAUCUAAAUCUGAAAAUAAGAAGAAUGAAUUAAAAACAGAGCAAGAAUGUCUAAAAUAUGAAUUAGGUAAGAUGGAUUUUUUCUAUAUUUGCAAAAGUUUGAAAAUGAAAUUUAGUUUGGAGAGAUGAUCCACAUCC